UGCUCUUCCUCACCGGGUCUGCAACCGAUUUCCAAGGUGUCCCAUCGUUAAACAUCUACUAAUCCUCAAUGGGAAAGGAAAAGACUCAUAUCAACAUCGUUGUCAUUGGACACGUAGAUUCUGGAAAAUCCACAACAACCGGACAUCUUAUCUACAAAUGUGGUGGUAUCGAUAAGAGAACCAUCGAGAAAUUCGAGAAGGAAGCUGCUGAGAUGGGAAAAGGUUCCUUCAAGUAUGCCUGGGUUCUGGAUAAGCUGAAGGCUGAGCGUGAGCGUGGUAUUACCAUUGACAUUUCCCUGUGGAAAUUCAAGACCAGAAAAUACUAUGUUACCAUCAUUGAGGCUCCUGGUCACAGAGAUUUAAUCAAAAACAUGAUCACUGGUAACUCUCAGGCUGACUGUGCAGUCUUGAUCGUUGCUACUGGUGUAGGAGAGUUUGAAGCUGGUAUCUCAAAGAAUGGACAAACCCGUGAGCAUGCUCUAUUGGCUUACACUCUUGGUGUAAAGCAGCUCAUUGUUGGUGUCAACAAAAUGGAUUCCACUGAGCCACCAUACAGCCAAAAGAGAUACGAGGAAAUUUGCAAGGAAGUCAGCACAUUCAUCAAGAGGAUUGGUUACAACCCAGACACUGUUGCCUUUGUACUCAUUUCUUGCUGGAAUGGUGACAAUAUGCUUGAGCCCAGCUCGAAUAUGCCUUGGUUCAAGGGAUGGAAGAUCACCAGGAAGGAAGGAAAUAGCAGUGGAGCUACUCUGCUUGAAGCUGUUGAUAGCAUUUUGCCACCAAGACGUCCCACAGACAAACCCCUCCGUCUGCCACUUCAGGAUGUGUACAAGAUAGGUGGCAUUGGCACAGUACCUGUUGGUCGUGUGGAAACCGGAGUUCUUAAACCAGGCAUGGUGGUUACUUUUGCCCCAGUCAAUGUAACAACUGAAGUGAAGUCUGUGGAAAUGCAUCACGAGGCUCUGACUGAGGCUUUUCCCGGUGACAACAUUGGUUUCAACGUAAAGAACGUCUCCGUCAAGGACAUCCGUUGUGGCAAUGUUGCUGGUGACAGCAAAAAUGACCCUCCUCUUGAAGCUGGUGCAUUUACUGCACAGGUAAUCAUCCUUAACCACCCAGGUCAAAUUGGUGCUGGAUAUGCCCCUGUGUUGGAUUGUCACACAGCCCACAUUGCCUGCAAGUUCGCUGAGUUGAAGGAAAAAAUUGAUCGUCGUUCUGGUAAGAAACUGGAAGACUUACCCAAGUUCCUCAAGUCUGGUGAUGCAGCCAUCGUUGAAAUGGUUUCAGGCAAACCCAUGUGCGUUGAGAGCUUCUCUGACUAUCCUCCACUUGGUUGAUUUGCUGUGCGUGACAUGAGACAGACUGUUGCUCUUGGUGUCAUCAAGGCCGUUGAGAAGAAUCUGGCUCUGGCAAAGUCACAAAAUCAGCCCAGAAAACCAAAUGAAUCUUGCAAAAAUCACAAACCACCUGAGUCUUAACCAGUGGUGGAAGAUUGGUCUCUGAACUGUUUGUACCAAUUGGCCAUUUAAGUUUAAUAGUAAAAGACUGGUUAAUGAUAACAAUGCAUUGUAAAAGCUUCAGAAGGAAAGGAAUUUUUGUGGACCAUUUUGUUUGUGGCAGUUUUUAAGUUAUUAGUGUUUUAAAUCAGUAACUUUUAAAUGGAAACAGCUUGACCAAAAUCUGUCACCAAAUUUGAGACCAUUAAACA